UGCAGCUUUGCAGGUCUAUUACGGUCUGCAUUAUCUGUUAGAUAUGGACCACCGACUUUGGCCUUUGCAUAGAGCGGACGAACAAAUGUCUGUGCCUUUGACGUCUACACAGCGGCAGCGCAAGAUUCAACUCACCGAGUUGUUGUUACGUGAUUUGCGAUCACAUAUACGAUGGCUUAGUGAUACUGACCUCGAUAAAGCAAUCCGGCUUCUGGAAGCCCUUUCUUGGGAGCUAUCGAACUGGGAGUACGCGUAUAUGUGCAGCCAGGCUUCUGUUGAGGAAUCGCAUCCGCCGGGACGUACGUCCAUUAUCCAAGACAUUCAAAUAAGUCAACGAAGGCAGUCCAGGAGUAACGGUGAGGGAUGUUAUCCACCCCUGCGCCGAGUCUUCAAUCCUAGUAAGCCUCCACUUUACAGGAUCAAAACCAAACGUCGUCGCCCUGCAGCGGCUGUCUCCACCAACGAAUCCAAGCAGUUGCCGCAUACGUGACAGCAAUGAAAAGGAUUCGCAGCGAGUGGAAUAAUCUGCAGCAGAUGCAUUUAUCUAUGAAGCUUACUUGGACAGAAUUCAAAAAGAUGAAGAAUAAUUGACCAUAUUUUGUACAUCUAUAACCAAAAAGAGUAUACGCUUUUAUUAUCA